AUGUGGCUCUCCACUGUCCCAAUUCUUUCAACCCUUCCUCCAGUGUUGUCUCCCCAAUACCUGCAAAAACUUCCCAAACCUUUUUCCCCAUCUCCAGUCUCCUCCCCUCGUUUUGAAGAUCCUUCAUCCUUCAAUUACGAAAUAUACAGGCACGAGGUCUCGACUCUUCAAAUGGUAGAGGACAAUCUUGAGGUGGGCGACUCUUGUUUGUCUUCACCAAAAUCUGUGCAAAAUUCUGUAGAGCCUAGCCCAACUGAAGGCACCAAUGAAGAUGAAAGCAGUAACCUUGAGAAAACAGCAUGUGCCAAUUUUGAGACACCAAUGCACCAAGAACUUCCUGCAAGCUUGAUAUUGAUUGACGAAGAAAGCAAUCUGCAAGAGACUUCGGUUGAACAAAAGGCUUCCAUUGGUGAUUCCAUAUCAUCAGAAGUAGACCACAGUGGGUUGCCAUCAAUCAAAGAAGAUUCUCACAGAUUUCCAUCUGCCUCUAACGAAGUUGAUGAAUCAAAGGAUGCCAUCAGUGACUUGAUGACAACGCAUUCUUCAGAAGAAAACACACAUGCAACACCACAGACUUCAGUUAGCUCAAGAGAAGAGGUCCAAUGUGCACCUUUGCAUAACGUUCAAGAUGGUGCUUCCUGUCCCGAUUCUGAGAAAACUGCUUGUGAGGCGCCACCUGCUAUCUUACAAAAGGUGAAAGAAGAUAAACCACGGUUCAUGCAUAGAUUGCCUGAUCGCCAAAUGAGCCUACGAGACACUAGACAGAAAAUGCCUGCGCCCGUGAGGAGAUUGAACAGUGGGAAUUAUUCGAGGACUGAUAAUUUUUUUGUCGAUACAACGAAGCCCAUUGAGUCAGUGAAGGUGGCUGCCUCAAGAUUUGGUGGGAGCAUCAACUGGAAAACGCGCAAAACAGAACCAGUGCAGGUGGGUGAUCAUGUCAAACUCGAGGUCAGUCUGCUGAAGAACGAAAUUUCAGAUUGCAAACAGCAAGCAGAAGCUGCAGAGGCUGCAAAGCUGUCUGUAUUCAAUGAGAUUAAGAGAACAAAUAAGCUUAUUGAAGACCUGAAACAUGAACUGGAGAGGGCAGAACAUGAAGAGGCAGAUGCCAAGGAGGAUUUGGAUUUCUUCCAAUUUAUUGUACCAGAGAUGGAUGAAGGAGGAGCUAGCGGUGAUAGUGUUGCAGGCGAGGAGAUUUUGAAAAAUAUCCAAGAACGGCACAAAGUACUGGUGUCCAAACUGAAGUUGGUCAAUGAUGAGUUAAAAGGGGUUCAGGAGAAUUAUGAUUCUUUAUUGAUUGAACAGGACAUUUCCAUUGGAAAAUCUCAGGCAGCCAUCAUAGUAUCCAAAGAGUCUGAGAAGCAAGCAGAGGAGCUCACUGUAGAGCUCAACAAACUGAAGGAAGUGUUGGAUUUGGCUCGUGCCACGCGCCAUGAUGCUGAAAAACACAAGGCGUGUGCAUCCUUAGCUCGAGAUGAGGACCGUCUUAAAUGGGAGAAGGAUCUAGGGCAAGCAGAAGAGGAGCUGAGUCAACUCAACAAGAAGCUUUCCUCUGUCGAAGAUCUGAAAUCAGAGCUCGAAAUAUCAUCCAGCUUGCUGGUGAAGCACAACGAAGAGCUAAAUGCAUAUGUGGAGGAAAAGCUAAUUAAAGAAGCACAAGAACAAGGAAACAAAACUGAUGAGACCAUGCAAGAAGAAACCAUUCUAUCAAGAGAUGAGCUUGAGGAGCAGAAGAAGAGCAUUGAUAAGGCGAGAGAUGAAGUCUGUGCCCUGAAAGUUGCUGCUGCAUCACUUCAGUCAGAGUUGAGCAAAGAGAAAGAAACACUUGCCACCAUGCAGCAGCUGGAAGCAAUGGCAUCGAUCACCAUUACUUCUCUCAAGGCAGAGAUUAAGCUGGCAAAACAGGAACUGGAAACAGUUCAGUCCAAGGAGAAGAAAUCCUGCGAUAGAAUGAGCGAGUUGCCUGGGCUUCUGCAAGCUGCAGCCCAGGAAGCUGAUGAGGCAAAGUCUCUCGCUGUGAAGGCACAGGAGAUGCUAAGAACGAGCAAGGAAGAAAUGGAGCAAGCGAAGGCUGAUCUGAGUACUAUGGAAUUCAGGCUCCAAGCAGUCCUGAAGGAGACGGAAGCAGCGAAAGAGUCUGAGAGGCUGUCGCUUGAUGCUCUCAGAGCUCUGGAGGAGAGCGAGCUUGCAGCAAGCAUUGCAGAACAAGGCUCUCCUGGAAUGAUCACACUGGACUUUCAUGAACAUGCGUCUCUCAUCGAGAAGUCCCAUCAGGCAGAAGAGCUUGUGCACGAGAAGAUAUCUUUUGCAGUUGCGCAGGUUGAGAUGGCCAAGGACUCCGAGUCUCUCGUCUUAGCAAAGCUCAGCGAAAUUUACAAGGUUCUGGAAGAACGAAAGCAAGUGCUGCUUGCUGCCCAAAAGCAGGCCGACAGUGCCACGGAAGGCAAGCUGGCCAUGGAACAGGAACUGAGGACAUGGAGGGAGGAGCAUGGGGAGCGUCGUAAGGCUACCGCUGAGGCUUUGAAAUCUGAAACUAAACAUUCAAACCCGGUGGUGAUCGUCGUUGAGCGCGAUCGGGACAUCAAGGGCACAUGCAAAGAAGACAGCUGCGCCUUGGUUCAUCCGCUGUCCUCGGAUAUGUCAGCCAGGAGCAGCCCUGCCGGCCCAGGUUUGCGCGAGAAGGCGAAGAAGGCAAAGAAGCCGCCGUUCCUCCGGCGCAUGAUGAUGUUCCUGGCCAGGAGGAGGCUCACAGCAGCGGCGUAA